AUGGACCAGCACCCCAAGCACCGCCGCCCGUCGCAGCCACGCAUGCGCACGCCGUCCCCGCCACCUCAUCAGCACAAGAACCACGAGCACGACGACCGCCCGUCGCAGCCGCUCGUGCGGACGCCAUCCCCGCCGCCUCGUCAGCACAAGACUCACGAGCACGACGGGCAGGAGCAAACGCAAGCGCAAGAACAAAGCACCACCUCACCGUACGUCAACUCGCCAACCACCCCGGUCUACCUCUACAUGGAGGCACGGAUGCCAUCCAAUAUCAUGCCCUUCGACGCCACGCCCACGCGCGGCUACCGCUUCUCGACGCUGCGCGUGCCUGGACGCACGUAUUCUUACGACGGACUGUUAAUCAAGGCGGAGGACGAGGACGAGGAUGACGAGGAUGAAGACGUGGAGGCGGACAAGAGUGAGAGCAAGACGGACAGAGAGAAGCGCGAGCGCAACGAGCGUGCGGCGCGGCGCAGGUCGAGCCGCAGCGAUGCGCCGAGUCCGACGGAGAUUGCGAGGAGGAGGAGUGGUGGUGAUGGUGGUGCGAACAACGGCACUACGUCUACUGCUGCGACCAAGCGCGGCCGGCGCAAGAGCACACCAAAGCAGCCCGACCACGACCAGGAUGAGGUCUCGGACGAGACGACACCAGCGCCCAAGCGGGCUAGACGUGGCGCCGGUAAGGCUGAGACGGAGGCUGCGACUACGGCGACGGGUCGCGCGCUAGGCGGCGCCACCGGCCCCUUUGUCGUCAAGUCGGCCAGUGACUUGGUCUCGGCCUGCGAGGAGGUCGGAGCUCAAAAGGAUGAUCGGCGCCGUUCUGCGUCAAUCUUGCAGCUGGGAGAAGGCCAGGUGAUCACUUCUUCGGCGGCGGCUAGUACCACUACGUCUUACUGGCCAGGUAUUAGCGAUAUCGACAACGACGACGAGCAGCGACGUCGCCUGAACAACGGCGCUAUUGGAAACAACAGCGGUGACAACAAGAGCGGUCGUCGUCGUCUUCUACCUCCUCCUCGCUCUGCUGCUCCCCUGGGCACAAUCUCCACAAGGCGCUUCGCAGCUUUCGAAGAACUUCCGCAACCGCCGCAAUCGCAACCGCAACCGUCUUCGCCAUCGCCGUCAUCCUCCUCAUCGACGUCCGACGUCCGCGCCAACAUGUCUCCACCCAUGCUCGACCACCCUUCGUCGAGGAAGCAGAACCAGCACCAGCGCAAGGCGAAAGACUACCGGGAAGUCUUAUACGAGGGCCGUGGCCAGCGUUGCGUCUCGGACGGCAGCGCGCAGGGGCUGGAGUUCCUCAAGCCGCCGACGCCGCGCAAGUCGAAGGCCAGGACACGCAUCACGACCAUGCCGGCCGAGUUGAUGAACAAAGUGCAGGUCGCCGCAGCGGCGGCGGCGGGAAAGAAGAGUGAGGAGAAGUAG